ACAAAUUCUUCUAUUAUGCCACUACUUCUAGUUUACUCUUUUCCUCCUUUUCACCUAUAUAACACGAAAACAGCUCAAGUUUAGAAAACACAUAUAAAUACAUAUUGCUUGGAAACCGAAAAACCUCAACUCCAAGCCAUUUCUAAACUUCAUUAGCACGAAAAUAACAGUGCUAAUAAUACACAAAAAUCUCAAAAAAAAAAAAAAAAAAAAACUAACUUUUUACCGUAAUGUAAAAAACAAUCUUAGUGCUAAAUCAACCUCUUUUUUUUUUUCUUUACAAAUAAGUGAUUACAAGUUACAAGUGAUAGUAAUCCGUACUGGUAAAAACAAUAAUUCGGGGCCCCAUUUACCCACCCACUGCACCUUAUCCUUUCUCGUUAUAUAAACUGCACUAAGUUUAUAUAUUCAACUAUUAUAAUCUAAACACCAAACAAAGAGUAAAGUUAACUCACACUCUUCCAUCUCUCUUUAUUUCUCUCUUUUUUAACACUAUAGUUUCCUUUACUAAAACUAGUAGUCACAUAUCUUCAGGUAAGCUAGCAACUCUUGCUAGUUAGUUACCUAACGGUUUUCGUUCAUCACUUGACAGGAAAACCUCUUUAUUCAUUGUUCUAUUUGUGAAAUUUGAUUAGAGAUGAUUUCGUGGCACGACCUCUAUACCGUGUUGGCGGCCAUGGUGCCGUUGUAUGUGGCUAUGAUAUUAGCUUACGGGUCGGUCCGGUGGUGGAAGAUCUUCUCCCCGGACCAAUGUUCCGGGAUUAACCGUUUCGUGGCCAUCUUUGCUGUGCCUCUCCUUUCUUUUCAUUUCAUCUCUACGAAUAAUCCGUGGGAGAUGAACCUUCAUUUCAUAGCAGCCGACACUCUCCAAAAAGUGAUCAUGCUUGUGUUAUUAGCCCUUUGGACUAACCUUACUCGAAACGGCAGCCUCGAGUGGAUGAUAACGAUCUUUUCUCUUUCCACGCUUCCUAACACCCUUGUAAUGGGUAUCCCGCUUCUCAUUGCGAUGUACGGGCCGUAUUCGGGUAGUCUAAUGGUUCAGGUGGUGGUGUUGCAGUGUAUUAUUUGGUACACGCUUUUGUUGUUCUUGUUUGAGUACCGUGGGGCGAAGAUUCUUAUCAUGGAACAAUUUCCUGAGACUGCAGCAUCUAUAGUAUCCUUCAAAGUCGAUUCCGAUGUCGUCUCAUUAGACGGCCGGGACUUCCUAGAGACGGAUGCUGAGCUUGGACAAGACGGAAAACUCCAUGUUGUUGUUAGGAAGUCUAAUGCCUCUAGACGGUCUCUGUCUGGUAUGACACCGAGACCGUCUAAUUUGACAGGAGCUGAGAUUUACAGUCUCAGCUCCUCUCGAAAUCCGACCCCUAGAGGGUCUAAUUUCAAUACCUCGGAUUUUUAUUCUAUGAUGGGAUACCAAGGAUUUGGUGGCAGGCUCUCGAAUUUCGGUCCUGCUGACUUGUACUCAGUACAAUCCUCACGAGGUCCUACCCCUCGUCCUUCCAAUUUCGAUGAGAACCCGAAUGCUUCUCCAAGGUUCGGGUUCUACCCAGGAGCUACUACAACAGUAGCUCCUGGUACUAAUCCUCCGAAUUCGGCUACCGGGUCUUACCCAGCACCGAAUCCGGAGUUUGUCAAUGGCACCACCACUGGUGCCAGUACCGGUGGUGGUGGUAAUAAGAGUGGUGGAAAGAAUCAAGAAAAGUCGGGCCCGCAACAUCAGGCGCAGCCCGGACAAGGACAAGGGCAAGGACAAGGACACCACCAAAGCAAGUUGAGCCAUGAUGCUAAAGAGCUUCACAUGUUCGUGUGGAGCUCUAGUGCUUCUCCUGUAUCAGAGGUUGGUGGGCUCCACGUUUUUGGGAGUAAUGAUUUCGGCACUCCUGAUCAAUCUGGUCGCUCUGAUCACGGUGCUAAGGAAAUCCGGAUGUUGGUUUCUGAUCAGCCACAAAAUGGUGAAACAAAAGCCCCAUUAUUGAUUUCAGGGCUUAGGAAAAGUGAGGAAUUUGCAAGGGAGGAUUUCAGCUUUACAGGUGGAGAAGAGGAGAGAGAAAAAGACGGGGCGAUACCGAUGGCGGGGAUAAAUAAGCUAGGGUCGAGUUCGGCGGCGGAGUUACACCCGAAAGCGGUGGCGGGAGUGGAGGAACUAGGUGGUGCUAAAAACAUGCCUCCGGCUAGUGUAAUGACAAGAUUAAUCUUAAUCAUGGUUUGGAGAAAAUUGAUUAGAAAUCCCAACACGUAUUCAAGUCUAAUCGGCUUAAUUUGGUCAUUGGUUUCUUUUCGGUUUCAUGUGAAAAUGCCGAUAAUAAUAGAGAAAUCAAUCUCAAUACUUUCAGAUGCUGGACUUGGUAUGGCUAUGUUCAGCUUAGGUUUGUUCAUGGCUCUACAACCAAAGAUGAUUGCAUGUGGGAAUAAAGUUGCCACCUUUGCUAUGGCUGUGAGAUUUCUUACCGGUCCGGCGGUUAUGGCGGUGGCUGCCAUUGCUAUUGGUUUAAGGGGUGAUCUUCUUCGAAUUGCCAUUGUUCAGGCAGCACUUCCUCAAGGGAUUGUCCCGUUUGUUUUUGCCAAAGAAUACAACAAUCAUCCAGCCAUUCUGAGCACUGCCGUGAUCUUUGGGAUGUUGAUAGCGCUACCAAUUACCUUGGUCUACUACAUCCUAUUAGGGUUAUAAAAAUUCUUUUUCUUCACCAAAGAAUGAGAUUAAGCUAAUUAAGCUUAUUACUACGUCGAAGUUAUCCAUCAAUUUUGGGGAGAAGAAGUUAAUUAAUUCCAAAAGUCCAAGGUGUUUGGAUGUUAUUGGGUGCCCAAAAAAAAAAGGGUACAAAAUUUUUCCCACUUUCAAGUUCCCUCAACUCUCAAGACUACAAUGGUCAAAUUGGGAUAUUGGAAAAGUGAAACUACUAAUUCACAUUCACCAAGCAAAUCAAGGUGAUUGGUUGUUAGAGCUAAAGAUAUUUGACUUAUUGAAGGAAUUUGCUGCCUAAUUUGAGGAUCAUGCUCCCACAAACUUUAGACCACCCCAAAAAAAAUUUGUAAUCUCAAAUUUUUAAUUAAAAGUUUGGGAAAAAGCAGGCAAAAGAGAGGAAAAUAGGGAUAGUUGUGGGUCCCCAAUUUUUAUAUAUUGUUAAUUAGUAGUUUAUUUAAACUAUUACGGAAUAUUAUUAUUAUUAGUAGUAGCAACGUGGAUUGCUAUUUAGAUUUUUUUUUUUUUUUUUUUUGACUUAAGGUUAGUAUUUUGUUUGUAGUAUACUAGUAUUGUAUUGAUGAAGAGAUGGAAUGUAAAUUUUGAUUUGUAAAUGCAAGUUUUUUUAAUUAAUUUGGAAAAUUAAAUGGUUGUAGUCUUCUA